GGAAGAAGGUGCCGACACCCGCCGUGCAAUGGUCCCCGUCGAGCUCGUCGUGUAAGUCUCACAUCUUGCGAAGUAAAACCCUCCAAAUUCUUCCCCGAUGAGAUCCGAAGAGGAAUCCCCGCACCCCAUCAGCGAGAUCUCGAUCGAAGGGAGAGGGAUUCCGGGGGAUAAGGUAGAUAAAUCGGAGGCCGAGAAGGUUGAGGCCCUGGCAUCUGCCUUCGAUCCCGAGUUCUUGAGCUGCCUUCUCCAGCCUUUGGUCGACCAUCACGACCCUAACUACGUUGGGAUCCGUCGCCUCCUCCUCCACCGCAAAGCCGUUUCCUCGCCCGUCCUCGAUCGCCGCCAGGAGUGGAGAUGCAAUGGGAGAGGGUAUGUGGCGUAUCGCAACUUCAUUCGGAGACCGAGGAAUUGGGAGAGCAUGGCCGUUGCCAGCCAAUCGAGUAGCCCUGGCAACAGUGGGCGCUGGGCUCCAUCUCCAGGUCCGCAGUCUAUACUGUAUGAGGCUGACAGCUGGAGUUCUAGCAGGGACCUUAGAUGUUCCAACCAAUCUUUUGGUCACCGUGCUAGUUUUAGCUCAAAUACAAGUGAUCUUGAUCGACAAAUCCGAUAUGUUGAGCCUGCUUAUUCAUUUGUUGGAAUGCAUUGCAUCUUUGACAACUGUAAAGCUUCAGUUACAAUUGUAAAAUUUGGGCACAUGAGUUCCGAUCUACUUGCAUAUGGUGCAUCAGAUGGAAGCUUAACAAUUUGUCAUGUUUCUGAGCCACCUUCUGUGUUUCAGCAGUUAAGGGGUCAUUCAAAAGCAAUUACAGAUUUUGAUUUUUCAUCUAACAAUCAGUACAUUGCUUCGUCCUCAAUGGAUAAAACUGUCCGAGUCUGGGAAAUAUCUAAAGGGCAUUGCAUUCGAGUAAUAUAUGGAGUUUCUUCUCAAUUAUGCAUUCGAUUCCAUCCGGUAAAUAACAACUUGCUUUCAGUUGGAAAUGCAAACAAAGAAAUCAGUGAAAUCAAUUUUAGCACUGGGCGUGUUAUUAAUAAACUUCUAUUCGAAAAUGAGAUAACAGCUAUGGACAAUGAUCAUACUGGUCAGCAUAUUUUUGCUGGCGAUGCACAGGGAUGCAUAUACACUGUUAAGGUGAAUUCUCAUACAGGGUCAAUAUCCAGAUCACAUAGGAAUCGAAGUAUCAGGACUAAAUCUCCAAUCACAACAAUACAGUAUCGUACAUUCUCUUUGGUCGCACGGGGUCCUGUUCUUCUUGCAUGUGCUCUAGAUGGAAAUAUUUGUUUCUUCAGUGUUGCUCUGGAGGUCCAGGGGUACUUGACUCUCGUCUGCUCCCUCAAGUUAGCUCCAAGGGUGCAUAAUAUUCAAGCUUCUUUCUGCCCUCUUCUUUCCCUUGAAAAAGGGGAGUUUGUAGUUUCUGGAAGUGAGGACUCGAAUGUUUACUUCUAUGAUCUGACUCGGCCGAAACACACAUGCGUAAACAAGCUUCAGGGCCAUGGCUGUGCUGUUAUAGGAGUCACUUGGAAUCAUGGAGAAAACUUGUUGGCCUCAUCUGAUUCAGAUGGAACAGUGAUUGUUUGGAAGCGGGCACAAACCAGUUAGCAUCUGAUUGUCACAGAAUCCUAUUGAUCUAUACACCGAAAGAUGACAUUCCAAUCAUAACAAGAGUAUAGUUAUUAUAUGCAAUCAUUCAUUUUAAUCUGCAUAAAUAUGAUAAAGAAUUUGGGUCUAUUUCUUCCAGAAGGCUGCCUAAGCUCAAAUGCACAAAGUAAUACAUCCGAGCAUAGAGGGUACAUUGUUGUGUAAUUUUACAUUCUUCAUUCUUGCAACUAAUAUCGCAGCCAGGUUCUUUUUACACAUUUGGUACCUUGACAGUCUCUCUUAAGACAUCAGAUAGGAUCAUUUGGGCUGUUCUCUUUUUCU